CGUUGAGGGUAUUUGGAGUUGUGUUCGUCAGAUCACUUUCGUCUGCGCUAAGCUGCGUACCGCUGAGCGGAGUCGGUGAUCGGAAAGAGCAAACGAGGAGGAAGGGAGAGACAAGGGACUGUGCUGCGGAAUCUGCCGUGAAGUUAGGCUCGCUCUCUCUGUGGCUGUCGCUGUCGCUUGGGGCCUUGACGCCUUGGGAGAUUCGCCAUCGCCGCUCCUUCACGCUGCAGGGUCAGGGAUGAGAGAGAGCUGGGAGAGGGAGGAGGAAAGCCUCCGUCCUAGCUGUGUUCGAUAGUCUUUGUGCGUUCACGGCAAUUUCCAGGUGCUCAAUCUCUCCAUGGUCUAGGUCUAUCCCUCUGUCAGCCUGCGGCUGUUUCUCAACGAGCGAGCGAGCGACCGACGAGAGAGAGAGAGAGAGAGAGAGAGAGAGAGAGAGAGAGAGAGAGGGAGAGAGAGAGAGCUGCGGCUGUUUCUAGCUCCAUCGAGCAACGAACGAGCGACCGACCGACCGACCGCGCAACGAACUCUCGAGCGAGCGAGCGAGCGAGAGAGAGAGCGAGAGAGAGCGAGAGAGGGAGAUGGAGACGGUGGAUAAUGUUGUGAGACCUGUGAAGGAUUUCGCGAAGGAGAGUGUGCGGCUGGUGAAGCGAUGUCAUAAGCCAGACAGGAAGGAGUUCUCGAAGAUCGCUUUUCGAACAGCCAUCGGAUUCGUCGUGAUGGGCUUCAUCGGCUUCUUUGUAAAACUCAUCUUCAUUCCCAUCAACAACAUUAUUGUUGGAGCCGGUUAAUUAGUUUUGUCUUUUCAAAAUGUUUUUUUUUUUUUUUGCUUCCCGCAAGGGAAGGGGGAAAAAAAAAACCAAGGCGGUUCAGUUCAGUUCAGUUUUGGCGGGAAAAAUUUCGGUCGUCGAUUUCAGUUUUGAUCCCCAAAUCGUUUCGCCGUCUUCUUCCAUUCUCGUCUUUUUUUUUUUUUCUUCUUUCUUUCUCGGUAUAUUUAUAUUGUUUUCCUUGUUUUUUUUGAAUUGCUUUUUUCCAUUUUCUUGCUUUUUUCUUGUUCUUGUUCUUUUUUUUUACUUUUAAUUCUUAUCUCACAUGUCUGCCAUGUUCUUGCUGGGCUUAGCUGACCGUAAUUUCGGCUAGAUUGGAUUUUGUUGGGUGUAUUUGACCGGAUUUCGGGUAAAAUGAGAUUAUAUCUUUCCUAUUAAUUUGGACUGUAGUCGGUCGAGAAGAGAACUCUGCUUUGAGUAUGCGAGAGAGCGAUGAUCAAGGGCGCAAUUGUCUUUUUUUCUUUUUUUUCUUUUUCUUCUUCUUCUUUGUAAUUGUUGGUGUGUUUAUGAAUUAAAAAAAACACGAAACAAAAUAAUUGCUGGUGUGUUUGUCUUUGCUUUGAGUAUCUGACUGGAGACUUGAGAGCGGUGAUAAAGGGCGCAAUUCUCU